AUGGCAUCCUACUUCCCCGAGGGCGAAUGCUUCUUCGUCCGGUCGUCCCUCAAGUACGGGAGCAGCUGGUCUGCAGACGACGCGGAGCAGUUCUACAGCCACGUCCUCAUAGAAUACCAGUGGAACGGCUGGGUCGGGGCCGGUGACGUCGCACCAACGCACCCGCGGUCGAAGAUCCAGGGUGGUUAUCCGGAUCUCUACGGCACUCGCUUCGUACAAUGGGACAGGUUCUUUGUCGGCGAGAGCAAGACCACGGAUCCCGGGAGCAUGCUCGCGAUCACCAGCUACCAAAACAGUCUAAACUGGAACGAGAUGCGCGACCGCGACAAGGGCGGACCAAGAAAGUUCAUCCUGCGACCCGUGAAGAUUCGCAACAAAGAUACACAGUGGCUAUGGAUCGAUGCUACAAUUCCGAUCCGGGCAAUCUAUUUCCCCGUCUGCCAACAAACCGACGAAGCCUACAAGCAGUACUGCACAUACGUUGUCAUCGACUUCAAGGCCCGUGACACGAUCAACUGUUUCAACACCGUAGGAGAGCCACGAACCUACCCGUCCACUCGUGAGGCAGGUCUCGGCCUCGAUCGGGGCCUGACGUGGCUCUUCAAGGUCCCAGACCUGGUGACUUACCUGACCAUCCCUCACAAGGUCCGCAAUCCCGAGUACGGGGUAUACAACGCCAAGACCAAGACCGACGCGCUGUUCCUCGUUGCGUACGCGGGUUUGAACUGGAGAUCCAACGAUAAUCGGGCCGAGGAGGGUUUCCGUCGCGAGAUCGAUCUCGCCAGCGUCAUCAGCGCGACUUUUGGUGUUGAAGUCGGCUGGCGUCCGUACAAGUACUCUUCUUUCAUCCUGGACCUGGUGACGCAUGUGGUCCAGCUCGGUCUUGGGUUCAUUCCCGGAGCGGGACCCCUUUUGUCUGUGGCCUUUGGUAUUGGGCUACAACUCCUCAACGACCCUGACACAUUCAAGGCGGACAAUGUUCUGGACAUGAGCGCUGCGAUUCUAUCGACAUUGAUCGCCUCGGCUGGCAAAUCGAAGAAGUACGUUGCUCCGGGCUUCUUGCCGGGUGCAGUCACGUCCACGAGAAUGGCGAGUAUGCGGAUGGCCCCCAUGGCUUUGACGUCGGCCUCGGAGGCUGAUGAUAUGAUGGCUGAUGAGGUGGAGAACCUCGAUGAGGGGGACGCCGAUGAGAAGAAGAGGGCUGGGGAGGAGGAAAAUGCGCGGCUUACCGCGAGUAUUCAGGCUCAGCGGCAGAUUCUUGAGUUGAAGCUGGAUGAGGCAUUCCGGAGAGCGGGUUAUUAA